GCAUUUCUUCUUUUACUGUCAUUACUCUCCCAUAUUAGUUUUUAGUUUUCUGUUAAAGAACACUGAGAGGUGUUCUUUCCUCGAAGAACCUCCUUUUAUCUCCUUGUCUGACGAUCUGUAGACCAUGAGUGGCCGUGAAGAGGUUCUCACCAGCCCUCAGUUUUGCCGGGAUGUGAGGUGGGAUCCCUUUCGGGACUGGGUCUCCCCGAGCCUCAUUUUCGGCCAGGAAUUCACUUCAGCCCCACUCUCCGACACCGGUGACCACACCUGGACCCGCCGGUGCCUGGGCAGUUCCUCCUGGCCUGGAUACACACCCUCACACUUUCUCGCCCCGCCCACUCAGGCCACGCUCUACCCAAGCUUCAGACUUCUGAAGCAGUCCUGGGCCGGAUUGUCCGAGGUUAGGAGCAGCCAAGGAAUGUGGACGAUCAGCCUGGACGUCAACCAGUUCUCGCCGGAGGAGAUUACGGUCAGGAUGAAAGAGGGCUACUUGGAGAUUACAGGGAGCCACGACGAAAGGCGGGACGAGCAUGGGUCUGUGACCAGGUGUUUCACCAGGAAGUACAACCUUCCAGACAGCACCGACCUUGAGAAGAUGAGGUCCUAUCUGUCUGGAGAUGGCGUGCUGUCUGUGGAGAUCCCUCUGGCCGCUUCAGGAGACCUGGGCCAGCAGAAGACUGUCAUACCUGUCCAGGUAGGAGAGAGGCCUGUGUCUCUGAAAGAGGAGGAUGAAGAAAAAGUGGAGAAGAUGGUGGAGGGGAGAGUAGAGGGAAGUUCCAGUGAGGACAAAAACAGUGAGGUCACAGACUCACCCACUGCAGCCACACAGGCGUCCGGAGAGGAGCCAGGAGUCGAGGACCCCCAGCCUCAGAUUCCUGGCAUUAUCUCAGCCGGAUCUCCUGAGGGGCAGCAGGGCGAACAGCCAGCUGGCACUGGCGAGGGUGCAGCAGGGCCCAGUGACCAGAAGGUCCCCUUAGAGCAGGCAGCUGGGGACCAGGAUGCGGGGGGUUCGAUCCAGAGAGAAGAGGAGCAGGGGCCCUUUGGUGUGGAGAAGGAUGACACCCAGCAGGAGGCCUGGGGACAACCGGAGAGCCCGGAGCAACCAGGUUUAGCCCAGAGAGAGCAGGAGGGGAUAAUCCAGAAGGAGGCUGCUCUACAGGCCUCCGAGGAACCUCCAGCUGAGGGUGUGAAGCCAGUUCCCAGCCAAUCAGAUGCAGCCCAGCACCCUGAGCUGGACGUCCUGGAAAAACACGACACUGUGCCAGUGGUGGAGCAAUUCACAAAGUCGUAACUGCACCCAGGGCUCGCCAAUCCACCUGCUGCCUCUACCACUAUGGUCUGCUACAGCCCGAUGUCUUAGACUAAACAGCCCCGUAGGUUAAAAGCAUGGAGCUCCUAUGCUUCCCUGGAGCACUAAUAAACUGAUGCGCAUCACAAUGCAGCUACUGAAGCGUCAUUCAUUUCCUGCUGUGAUCUCUUUGGCUUGUCAGCUUCAGAUUCCUGCAGAACAGACAAUUAAACUUGACUUCUCCCAUUAGAA